UCCAUAUAAGGUCUAUAGUUUCAAUCAGGUACUUGUGGAUGAGAAUACUGUGUGAGGUCCACUGUUCACAGAACUACUAGUCUAGACUGAGGUCUCAUAGUAAAUAGGAGAUCGUGAUUCAAUUUCAAAUCAAGUACAAAUUCAAGCAUCUGUUCAGUCACGUGUUAGUAUUUAGAUCGGAUUCCAAAUUCUAGUUGACUGUCUCCUAUGUACUUCGAAAAUAAAAGUUAUAGAUUAUUUAAAUUUCUUAAUAAUUCAUCUUCAUAAAACUUUUCGAACCAGACUCAUGUAACUCUACAUCUAAUACCUACUACAUCAAAAACCGACAUGAUAACAUCGGUAUGUGCAGUGUGCAGUUGGUUCUUCUAGGUUUAAGUUAAUGUUUUGUUUACAAAAUUAGGUUAAACAUAAUGUAAUGAAAAAUUGCAUCAAUCCACCAGUAUGUGAUAAAAUAGUUUUUAUCGAUCAACCAGUAUGAGUUUUUAGAAAUACUCACCCAUUCAAUAUACAAAAGGGUGUUCGGUAUUAAUCAAUGAAAUGUAUUGAAAAUUAUUGUGUUCAUCUGUUCAUCCAGAGGUUGAGAAUUAUAUCAUGGACUUGUCGAUAAGCUUAUGGAAAUUAUGAGUGAAUCAGUGCAUACACUUCACAAAACGAUAUACUAUCUGUAUUCGGCAUUGAACUUCUUGUGUAAUCUUUUUAUUACAAAUUAUACUGCUAAGUUUUCCUAUACAACCUCACCAUUCCUAAUUGUAUUCUUCAGACGAUAUCAUAUUAUAUCACAUAAUUAUCAGGCCAUAAUAUCUUCUACAUUGGAACAUGGUUGUCCACGCCUUUCCAUUGGCCAAAUUAGGCUCCCUGCUUCUAAGACAAGUGAGUAAACCGAUCGCGAAUUUCUUAAAAGAACGCGCCAAACAGCAUCCCUUCUUCAGAACCUACCUGCUGAUGCCCCCGGCGCAGUUCUAUAACUGGUGUGAGGUCAAAAUGAAAAUGUACGCGCUGAAUCUCGGAAAACCAGUCACGGUUGCCCGAUUAAACGAAGCCACCGCCAUAGAUUUAGGCGGCGAUAUUUUGGGCGAGUUUAUUGUGUUCUUCAUAGCGGGUGCCAUUCUCACCAACGAAUAUGUCAAGCAGAUGCGCAAAGAGGCCGAUAAGAAAGAGGCUAGUCAACAGGAGAUGAACCAGUUGAUGGAUACUAUUCGGGAUCUGAAUUUGCAGCUUGAAAUGCAGGCCGUUGAGAUUCAGGAGCUGAAUGAGGUCGUACAAAGGCUGCAAGGUAAGAAGAAGCGUUGAGCAAAUGGUCGGCUCCUGGAGAAGAUAGUUCUGAAUCUACAACAUGAUCAACUCCACUUGAUUUUCCAUCUCCUAAAUGUUUGGAGCAGAGAGGAACAUGGUUCUGAAUUGACAACAUAUUAUCAUAAUAUAUAAAUCAGCAUCGCUAAAAUCAACUUCAUAUGAGGAUAGAGAGAAAGACAAUAAUUUUGAGUUAUGAAUCAAAAAACAUAAUCAACUUCACUACAAUCAACUUGUUCUAUCUCCAAAAUGUUGGGGACAGAGAAGAACAUGGUUCUGAAUCAACAACAUUUUAAAUCAGCAUCACUAGAAUCAAUUUUAUGUCUUAUUCCAUGAAUGUUGAGGAUAGAAAGAAAUUCAAUUCUGAGUUCUGAAUCAAAAACAUGAUCUAAUUCACUACAAUUAAACUUGAUUUUCCAUUUCCUGAAUGUUGAGGGGAGAGAGAAACACAUCUCUGAAUGGACAACAAGAAUUGACAUCACUGAAAUCAACUUCAUGUCCUAUUACUUGAAUGCUGAGAACGAAUAUAGGAACACAGCUCUGAAUAAAACGUCAUUAAUUUUAUUCAACAUUGCAGCAAUCAGUUUCAUGUCUUAUUUACAAAAUUUUAUGGGGAAAGGUUAUAAAAUUGUUGAUUGACAUGCAUAUCUGAUUCAACAUGAUGGACUUUAUAAUCAAUACGUUAAUCACAACAAUAAAAUCGUUCGACUAUCAAAAAUUUAGUUGGCAGGAAAUGGUUGAAAUACAAUUUGGUCUUAUUCCUAAGAAUAUUGAUACAGCAACAAGAUGAUUUCACUAGAAGGGUUAUUGAGAAAAUAGGCAUAUUCUAUGAUGCAGAGUGAAAACAAUAAUGCUUUUUUUAUUUUAUUUCAUUAAUUUGGGAAAAUUGUAACCGCAUGCACCACAAUAAACAGUGAUUAAUAAAUGGCUAUCAAUGAUCAGUAUUUUUUGACAGUUCAACCAUACAUCUAUUCUUAGAUAUUAUACGUAAUAAAAUUUUUCUCAUCUCUCUUCAAGUUCUCAAUUCUUCAUAUUCGACUUCUCAUCUUAACACUCAUAACAAAGAGGGGAUAGAUUGGUUAUCCUACAGUAUGAUCCCCAAUCAAACAUCAAACAACAGGUUUUUCAAUAAAGUCCCAUAAUUUUCUCUACAUCAACAGUAUUUCUCAGAUAUUUUGUGAAUGUAGAGA